CUGGGCUACUACUCGCCCGAGGACAUGCGACUGGAUCGACACCAUGUGCUCGUACAACCCCAUGCCCAACUUCUACAACAUUUCGACGCAGUACAAUGACUCGGGCUUUCGUCCGAGUCCUCGUACGAUGACGUCACGGCCGACUCGGACCGCUCCAGCCCCCCGGACUUCCCCUCGGGCUUCUCGGCCCUCGUCGACUCGACGUGGGAAUCGAACAGCGUGGAGGACGAGUCGUGACCGUCCGAGGUGCUCAACUACGGGCCAGACGGUCAGCGACUGGACCAGCCACGAGGGCACCACGUCGAGGGCGGCCAGAGGCGACUCGUCGGAUUCUUCGGCUGUCAGCGUGUCCAUGGCCUCGGUGCUGCUGCUGGGCUCUGUGAUCGCUAGACAGCGGUGUCCUACUCAAGUGCCAGUGGAUGGCAGACGGAGACGUAACACGCAGUGAGCGCUAGUCGGCGACAGAUAGCCGGUAGAGAACAGAUAAUGAACAAGCUGUAAAGA